CUUCCUGGAGCCCCUGCCAGGGACGAAGGUGGGCCGGCGGUACAGCUCGCCCUUGCACAGGGAGACCAUCAGCAGCACUGACAAGAGGAUGCCACCCACUGUGAGCAGCCCCAGGCCCGCGAUGAUGCACUUGUCCAGGGCCCAGAUUAAAGGGGAAUCGGGUUCAAGUGGGAUCGAGUGAGGUGCCCAGAGCACAAAAGUGAAAGUGACACUCUCGGUUCCUGGAGGCUGGGGACAAGACCCGAGUUCCGUCUGAAGAUCAUGGGUCCCCAGGAAGACUGAGGCCAGCUCACUUGCCUGUUCUCAGCUAGGACCUCUCACCUCUCAUUUAUCUACUCUGGACCGUCAACAAGCCAGGUCACUGCAGCGCCCGCUCGCUCGCCCGCUCGCUCACUCGCAGGCCAAAGCUUGUUCUCACCCUCCAAGCAGUGAGAGCCACUGAUCCGUACCCACAACCCCAGUCUACUUAUGAGAUAAACAUCAGACAAAUCCCAGUUGAGGCACAUUCUGCAGAAUGCCUGACCACUUCUCAGGACUGUCAAGGUCAUCCAAAACAAGGAAAGCCUGAGGAACUGUCACAGCCAAGAGGAGCCUAAAGAGACAUGUCGUGUGGUGUCCUGGCCAGAAAAAGGACACCGGUGAACACUAAGGAACUCUGAGUUUCAAGACAAUUCUCGUAGCUCCAGGCAUCACAUCCACAUUCCAGGAUGAAGGAAGGAGAAGACAGUAGGAGUAAAGGAGGAGCUUCAUUGACAUUUUUCCUUUUAUCAGGAAGAUAAGUUUUCUUAGAAGUCUAACAGCAAAUUUCCGCUUUGAUCUCCUUUUCUACAAAUGGGGGCAAGGACACCCCAGGAGCAAGGGGACCUGGAAAGUGAAGAUGUCCCUUUAUCGAGACUCUGUGGAGAGGACACUGGGAUGGAAACAGCAGAAGAGCCAACCCCAAGUCUUGGGCAGACCCUGGAGUGGCUGAGAAAAGAGCUGGCUGAGAUGCAGGUUCAGGACCAGAGACUGCUGCUCACACUGAGGCAUCUUCACAGGGUCCUGGAGGAACUGCGUGCUAAGAGUGCUCACUGGGACGAUGCCACGUCCAGCAGAGGGACGUCCCCCAUCAGAGCUCGAGCGGGCUCUGAAAGCCGGGGCUGCCCCUCCAUCUCCUCCAAGGCGUUGGCCCAGCUCCUCCGAGGGGCAGACAGCCGGCGAAGCUCCCUCCCUUGACUAACUGGCCAGGCCUGAGGCCGGGCUUGAACUCUCCCCCUGCUUGUCCAAGCUUUUGACUGUGAUGUUGCUGGAAGAGAGCACUGGAAUGGGAGUCGGGGAGCCAGGGCUCUGGGUUCCUCUCUGCCCUCAUCCGCUAUGCGUCCUUGAACCCAUCACUCAACUUCUCCGUGUCAUUGGUUCCUUUUCAGUGGCUCAUCAGGGUUUUUGGCGAGGCACAAAUAAGAUAUCGGGUGUGAACACCAGUGGAUUCGUGGCCUCUGGCAAGCAGUAAUCCUACCCUUCGGCAUUUCUCACAAGGCGAUUGUCAAGACAAAGGAAGAGCUCCACGCAGAGGAUGUUUGGUGUUGCCCUGGCGAAAAUUAGUGCCCCCUCCCCCACCCCACAGUGACUCCAUAGUUGUUUUCUGUCUUCCCAGAGGGCCUUCACAUUCCUCCCUCUGAAAGCAACAGGUCCAGUCACCACUCCAGCCACCGGGAUGGGCCUAUGGCCAGGCCUGGCCAAUAAUGAUUCAUAACCACCCUAAUAACAUGAUUGGCCCAACGGGAGGGCAUGCGACUCAACAGAGCCAAUCACAGUCCUUCUCUGGGAUCGCUAUCUGGAUGUUCUUUCCACUGCGGUUGCAAGGCGGGGGACUGCUGCAAAUGGCCAUGUGCUCUCCCUACCAGGUGAAGAAAACUUGACCUCAGUAGGAAAAAAAGGGGGGGGGGUAGAGGAAGGGCCACAGGACAGAUGGACAGAGAGGAAGGGCGCUGGCUCUUUUUAGUCCCUGAUUGUGUGAGUUACUCCUCCAUUCUUUCCAGUGACACAACCAGGAAAUUCCACCACCACAUCCUCCACCACGCACACCCGAUUUGUUUCUGCUUAAGCUGACUUGAGUAGGGCUGCCCUCACGUGCAACCGAAACGAUCCUGAAGAAUACAACCCAGAUGUUCAAAGAAGCAAAGAGAAACGCUAAAGAAAAGGGCAUUUUGCGCACUCGGCAUUGGCAGCAACAGUCCUGGAACCUCAGACAAUGAGGUUUGGGCUGUGACAGAACGCUCUGUCGUAUGCGGUGCUGGAGUCAUAACUUUGACAAGUUCUAUCUGCCUAUAAGAAAGACUUUAAAAAUAAGGCAGGAGAAAAUGUGAAAGGCCUUGUGUUACGAUGGUCCAAUGAUCGGUAGGACUUUUUAUUUUUGAGAAUCGACUUGCAUGUUGUUAGAAUAUUGUUUUUCUGGCUUUGGAAAAGUAAAGCUGUUAUAUACAGAGGCAAAGGGGGGGGAUGUGUUGUAUGUACAAUGCUUACAGUCAGACUAACCUGGGAUUUUAAUACAAUACAGUGUUUGAUGAUAUAAAAAAAAAAUACUUCUCUAUCCCACAGCUGAGAGGAUAAACAAAAUGUGGUAUGUACUUAAAAUGGAAUAUCCAUCAGCCUUGAAAAGGAAAGAGAUUCUGGCACGUGCUACAACAUGGGUGAACCUUGAAGACAUGAUGCUAAGUGAAAUGGGCCAGUCACAGAAGGACACUGUACGAUCCCAUUUGCAUGAGGCACCUUGCGUAGUCAAUCCAUAGAGGCAGGGAGUAGAAGAUUGGCUGCCAGGAGCUUAGGGAAGGGACAGCGGGGAGUUAUUGUUUAAAGGGUCCACGGUUUCAGUUUUGCAAGAUGAGAAAAGUUCUAUGGUUGGAUGGUGGUGGUGGCGGGGCCAUAACACUGUGAAUAUACUUGAUGUCACCGAGCUGCACCCUGAAAAAUGGUUAAAAUGGCAACUUUUAUGUUAUAUUUUACCACAACUGAAAAUAAAUACUUAAAAAAAAUUUUUUAA